CUGUCAACUUUCACCCAGGAUGUCUACCACGCGACUUCCCCUUAGCAACCGACUGACCACACUUGGUUCCCUUAGUAACCGGGCGAAGCGUCCUCUGCGUAGAAGCAGUCGGGUGGCUGGCUCUUGAGACGGGAAAAUGCAGCGGCUGUACGACUCUGUGGAGCCGAGAGUGAUGGAUGAGGACAUGCUCAAGCUGGCUGUCGGGGAACAAGGGCCGCAGGAGGAGGCCGGGCAGCUGGCCAGGCAGGAGGGCAUCCUGUUCAAGGAUGUUGUGUCGCUGCGGCUGGACUUCCAGAACAUCCUCCGCAUAGACAGCCUCUGGCAGUUUGAGAACUUGAGGAAGCUACAGCUGGACAACAACAUCAUUGAGAAGAUCGAGGGCCUGGAGCAUCUCGUACACCUGGUCUGGCUGGACCUGUCCUUCAACAACAUCGAGGCCAUCGAGGGGCUGGACACGCUGGUAAACCUGGAGGACCUGAGCCUGUUCAACAACCAGAUCACCAAGAUUGACUCCCUGGACGCCCUGGUCAAGCUGCAGAUCAUCUACCUGCGGCGGUUCAAGGACCUGCGCUCGCUCAGCCUCUCUGGGAACCCCAUCGCAGAGUCAGAGGAUUACAAGAUGUUCAUCUGUGCCUACCUUCCUGACCUCGUGUACCUGGACUUCCGGCGCAUCGAUGACCACAUGAAAGAGCUGGCAGAGAGCAAGCACCAGUAUAGCAUCGACGAGCUGAAGCACCGAGAGAACCUGAUUCAGGCCCGGCUGGAUGAUGAGCUAGCCUGGCAGGUGGAGCUGGAGAAGCACAAGGCCGCGUUCGUCGAGCACCUGAAUGGCUCCUUCCUGUUUGACAGCAUGUACACCGAGGACGUAGAAGGCAACAAGCUGGCCUACCUGCCUGGCGUUGGCGAGCUCCUGCAGGGCUAUAAGGACAAAUUCGUCAUCAUCUGCCUGAACAUUUUUGAAUAUGGCCUGAAACAGCAGGAGAAGCGGAAAUUGGAGCUUGACACCUUCAAUGAGUGUGUCAAGGAGGCCAUCCAGGAAAACCAGGAGCAGGGCAAACACAGGAUUGCCGAGUUCGAGGAGAAGCACUUGCUGAGUCUAAAUGCCAUUCGAGAGGAGUCCGACCUGACCAAUAUCGAGGUGAGGAUAGUGGAAUAUGGCGAGGACAUCACAGAGCUGUUCAACGUGCUCAUGACGCUGGAGAUGCAGUUGGUAGAGCAGCUGGAGGAGACCAUAAACAUGUUUGAAAGGAACAUCAUGGACUUGGUGGCACUCUUUAUUGAAAAUGUCCAGAGCCUAUAUCCUUUCCUUGAUGACCCCCAUGGGGAGGUGCUCCUGGCCCCCAUCAGUGCUCCUCCUGCCUCCAGGGGAACCAGAGGAGGGGCACUUGCAUUUUUUUUUUUUUUUAAGAUUUUAUUCAUUUAUUUCAGAGAGAGAGCAGGAGCAGGGUGAGGGAGGACCAGAGGGAGAAGAAGCAUACUCCCCACUGAGCAGGGAACAUGACACGGGGCUCUGUCCCAGGAAUCAUGGAAUCAUGACCUGAGUCACCCAAGCACGCUGGCGCUGGUAUUUUUAAUAAAAGGCAGAGAAGAGUACAGCUCUUUCAUGAACUAAGCAAUAUGCAAGUAAGUGUAGUCCCCUUCUAGGUGGCCACCUUUGGGUCACACCUAUCCCCCCACCGCCACUGCCACCAGUGCCCUAAAUAGGUUGGCAGAGAUAGUGAAAAGUCAGCAUUUUAUAGUCGUAUUUCACUCUUUACCAGAAAUACCUGAGCCCCAGUUUCAUGUACAGAAAGAUCUCUGCUUGCAUCAGGGUGCCAUCAAGCCCACCACAGGAUAACAUUUAGUGGGACUCUCCACCUUUGAGAUUAGAGGAAUGUAAAACCUCCCAUUUCUCACCAAGGAAGAAGCUUGACUUCAAAAGAUGGAGAUUUUGGGCACCUGGAUGGCUCAGUGGGUUAAAGUCUCUGCUUUAGGCUCAGGUCAUGAUCCCAGGGUCCUGGGAUCAAACCCCACUUUGGGCUCUCUGCUCAGCAGGGAGCCUGCUUCCUCUUCUCUCUCUCUGUCUGCCUCUCUGCCUGUGAUCUCUGUCUGUCAAAUAAAUAAAUAAAAUCUUAAUAACAACAACAAAAAAGAUGGAGAUUUGGCAACCAUUUGGAAUGUUAAAGAAUGUUCUGCAGGGUCUGAGGGAGUUUCCCUGACCCUCAGAACAAUGGUGCCUUGUUAGAGUAAAGGUUUGGAUGCCUAGCCGAGUUGCUGCAGGGGGCCUGUUUUGCAGUAGAAGCCCUGGCAUAUUUGUUCUCAGAUGAGUGAUGUUCACAGGGGGACCGCACCCCAGAAUCCCUGCCUGCCUCCUGUGUUGCGAGUACACACGCCCUGGGAGUGGGGCCACACCCACGUUGCAGACACUGACAAAUCCUUUAUAAUGAGAUUGUCAGGUUAAAUGUCAGGAUUAGGAGCCAGUGUUUCAGGCAUGACCAACCCUUCUGCUACCUGAAUUCAGGGCACUGCCAUGGGGAAUGAUGUGCCGCACAAACUGCUGUGCCCUACCCCAGAAGUAACCUCCUGGUUCUGCCUUCCUGGGCCUACAGUCCUGCAAGGAGACAGAAGUUAGGGAGGCAGGAAGUAAGCAGAGGCUGGGGGCCCGGAAGCCUCCCUGAGGGCCCCUGAGUGUGGGCCAGAAGUACAAGGCAGAAAAGUGGGGAGGACAUUCCAGGCAGAAGAGGCAGCCUGUGCAAAGGCCCUGAGGCUCUGAGAGAGAUUCAGUUCCAAGAGAGGCGGCGAUAGAGUGGGAAGCUCCUGGAGAGCCAUGAGCAUGGGAAGGAUGAGGUUGUCUAGCUACAUGGUUAAGAGCUCACUGGCUGCUGUGGGGGAAAGGGCUAGAAUGGGGAGACCAGAACUUGGCUUGCCCCGUCCAGUCCAGAAGUGGUGGGAGGGAGAGAUAGGGAAGAUAGAGGAGUUCUGAGGAGACCCAGCACCAAGAGGCAGUAGUGAUGACUGCGUGAGUGUGUGUGUGUUCUAUGUUUGUUUUGGCACGGGGAUUUCAUGCAUGUGUAGGACCGGCUGUGAAGGUGGUGAAGAACCGGCACCUCCAGGGGUGCCCUUCCACCUGGCAAAGUCUGUUCUUGUCUGGAGGAAAUGGCCCGGCCCUCUGCGGGUCUGCAGAGGUGCCUGGCCUGCUCCGCCUCCGGCCUUUGCUUAACUUGACUG